AUGGUUGUCGAUGAUCUGUACGAGCUGCAUGUCGAUCGAAUUGUGGAAAGUGAUACCUUCAAGGGAGCCUUUUACACCUGUCUAAAUCUUGACUCCAUCCAGACGGCGGAGGUUUACUCGCCGAUUGUUGAUAAGUUUGGCUCGAUCAGAUGGGUCUUCCGUGGACGCAAUGUCGACAUGGUAAAACUAUCUUGGCUUGCCAAAUUCCACGCCACACACAUUGGGGCCGCCCUCAUUCAACAUGAUUAA